CACACACACACACACACACACACACACACACACACACACACACACACACACACACACUUGUCAAUGUCUUUCAUCUCUUUUACAUAUGGAUCCCUCUCAGAUCCCGUUCCCAUACACACCCACUUCAAACAUAUUUCAUCUGCAGAAGUCCUUUAAAUAGACGUGACCUUUGAGGAGUAAAACACUCGGCUGCCGGGUUUGAAGCUGUCGGCCUCACAUGCGUCUGUUUCCAUACCCUCUAUGUUGCCAUGUGUCAUGUGAGAUGAAGACCAACGGGCCCCAUGCAAGCGUUCUGGCCCCGAGUUCUCAGCUGGCGUCACUGCAGAGGAGCAAAUACCAGACCCCUCAACAAUGUGGCAUUAUCACAAAUACAUCCUCGGUUCACAAAGUAAAAGUACAGUUGGGUUCCAUUUUUGUUUAUUACUAUUAUUAGGGGUCGUAAUAAUUGGGUACUAUUAGCAGGAUGGCUUGUAGAACCGUACAAAUGAGUUAGGGACUCAAAGGAUGGCCCAGAAUAGCCCAAAGGUGGCGCGAUACUCAGUGCUUGAAUGUCAACAACUUCAAAAGGCUGGGGGCUGAGACUGUCCAACACCGGCGGUUUAGACUGUCAAACAUGGGGGUUGAGACUGACUAACAUGGGGGUUGAGACUGACUAACACAGUGGUUGAAACUGUCCCACAUGCGGGUUGCGACUGUUCCACAUAGAGGGUUGUGACUUUCCAACAUGGGGUUGAGACUAACAAUCACAGGGGGUGGAGACUGUCUAAAACGGGGGGUUUACCAAUAGAAGCCAGGAUGUUGCAUGCAGCCUUUGUUGGCCUCCCACCCCUAGGAGUUUGUGGUGGUGAACUUUGUUGUACCCAUAUGUGGGUUGGACUGUCUUUGAUAUAUGUUUUAGUCUACCUCCUAUUGCUAGUUAUUGUAUUUAUUAUGUAAUUGAAUAUGUGAGACUGGAAACUGUGAACAAAAUUGCCCAUUUUGGGAUAAAUAAAGCUUUUCUAAUCUAAUCUAAUCUAAUCCUACCAAGAUCAGCCAUGGAGAGGAGUACAUUCUGGUCUUCACUGACUACUCUACAGUCGGUUUGGAUCAGUGGCAGUUCACCUUGUAGGUCUUUCAGGACAUGGGGCUUUGAUGUACCUGCUGUCUGGCAUGUUUUUCAUUCAAAGGGGGCUAGUCACAGAUGGCCUGUUGUCAGCACACUAGUGAGCUCUACAUGAAAAAUAGAAGAUUCAUCAAAUCUUUUACAAUUGUUCAAUGUAUAGGAAACUGUAUCGAACACGAAUGGUGUUGUUUUCUUGCACGGAUAGAAGAAUAAAAACAAAAAUUACCCGUUAACCCUGUUUGGGAAGUGACACAUUAUUAGCCAAGUGGCUGGCAUGAGCCUCUUGUCAAAGUAGCACAUUAUAGUAAGCUAGAUUGAUGUUGAAUUAGCAUAGCAAUAAAUAGGGUCUCUGAUGAAAACGGGUUUCUGUGGUAACAGGCAAAUUAGGCCAUUGUCACCAAAUGUAACGGACAGUGAAUGAAACAACUUCUCUGGGUUUGAACCUUGUUGUUAACAAUUUGGAUACUGUAGUCCUGUUUAGAUAUUUCAAUGCAGAAAUGUUUUAUACUAUACCUCGCCACACAAGUAGACCUCAAUAUAGAGGCCGCCGCUCCAGUUAAGAUGCUUUGAUCUGAAGCCCCUUGGAGACCUCUUAAGAUAAUAAUUUGGCCAAUCGGAUGUGGCGCUGGAGGCGAGAGGCCCUGACGCUCAAUAUAGCUCUAGAGAGGGAAAGUUUUCCCUUUUUGCAUUCUGGGUUCAAGGGCUAACAAGAGGAGAAACACCAGGCUGGUGGACAGAGGUCAUGAAACCCCCCAGUUCUUAUGAUGGGAGCAAGUGGACUGCGUAUCCAUAAUCAGCGGAUAACCACGUUCCGACAUCCAGUGACGGGAAGAGUGGCAACAGAUAACCUGGACUUCAUCCUCCAGCAACAGCCGCAGGGAGUCCUCACCAUGUCCCUCCCCCCAGCAGGGAAGCCCGGCCGGCCGUCCAGCACCACAGUGAGUGAGUCCUCCACCACCUUCACCUCCUCCACCGUGGACACCAACUCCGCAGCCAAGGGCUCACGGUCCAGUGGGAAGAUCCACGGCUUUGGGAAGAGACAGCAGUCCCUGAAGAGGAACCCCAAUGUCCCCGUGGCGGUCCGGGGAUGGCUCUACAAGCAGGACAGUACAGGGAUGCGUCUUUGGAAGAGAAAGUGGUUUGUCUUGGCUGACUACUGUCUUUUCUACUACAAAGACAGCCGAGAGGAGUCUGUGCUGGGCAGUAUUCCGUUGCCAAGUUAUGUCAUCAGUCACAUUGGACCAGAGGACCACAUCAGCCGCAAGUUUGCCUUUAAGGCCGGCCACACAGGCAUGCGUGCAUAUGCUCAAAAGCCCAGGUCUGUGAUUGGCUCACAGGCAGAGCACGGGGGCAUGCGGACAUACUACUUCAGCGCCGACACGCAGGAGGACCAGAGCGGCUGGCUGCGGGCCAUGAACCAGGCAGCGCAGAUGAAGAACCAGGCAGUGGUCAGGUCCAAAGAGAUCCUCCUCUCCCUGGACCCCCAGCAGGCCGUCCCCCUGACCAACCACGGCCGCCCCCACCCCUCUGAGACCUCAGACCACCAGGAGACCCACCUGGAGCCCCUCCGCCCGGGGCCAUCGGACCACGCCGGGACCCUACUCCGAGACCCCGCCCCCGUCCCCAUGGAGAUGGACACUCACUCCUCCCUCGUGUCCAAUCCCGCCGCCUCCUCCUCCUCCCACUUCUCCCCCCUGACAGACGCUGGCCCCCCGUCGGCCCCGGGCUCAAGGGCCCCGUCACGGGCCACCUCCGCGCUCCCCGAGCCCUGCACCUACAACGGGCUGAGCGCCUGCACCACGCCCAGCCCCAUCCUGGAGCCCAACGGCAUCGGGGCAGGGACCUACCAGAGGAACCCAGAGCCGCCCGGCCCAGAGCCCCCCCACAGGGAGCCUCCCCACAGGGAGCCCUACCGGGGGGACGGCAGGAGCAGCACCCUGGAGCAGGUCGAACAGUGGGUCCAAGUGCAGAGGGCAGAGGUCAAAGGACCCCCGUCACGGGAGAACACCCUGCCCCGCCGCUCCCCCGCCACCCUGCCCCACUCCUCCUCCUCCAGGGAGGUGCGCUACCAGACCCUGCCUCGGACCCCCGGCCCCAGCCCCCCUCCCGCCACCCGCACCGGGGAGUACAAGUACGCCCAGGACCGCCUCAGCCACUUCCAGCUGGCCCCGGAGCCAGCCGGGCCUGGGGGGGGCGGGGGGCCCGUGUACCAGCUUUACGAGUGGCAGCAGCGGCACCAGUACCGCCACGGCAGCCCCACCGCGCCCCUUUACACGCCCGCGCCCGACUACCCCUAUGGCCCCCGGCCCCCCUCCGCCGGGCCCUCCGCCUCCUCCGCCCCCCGGCCUUCGGACGGCCACCCGCGCUGCAUCUCAGUGCCCCCCUCCCCCGCCGACCUGCCCCCCCCCGGGGUCGGCAGGACCGCCUCCCCCCUGCGGAGGCCUCACACGCCUGCCGAGCGGGUGACGGUCCGGCCCGUCAGGUCAGAGGUCGACGGCCCCUUCGCCGCCUCCCCUCGCCGGGCCAAGUCCCAGAUGUUCAAGGCGGCCACCAUGGAGCGGCGGGCGGGGCCGGCGUCAGGCUACAUCUCCCACACCGUCAGCGCUCCCAGUCUCCAUGGCAAGACGACUGACGACGCCUACAUGCAGCUGAAGAAGGAUCUGGAGUAUCUGGACCUGAAGGUGGUUGGAAGCCAGUUUCUGAAGGAGGUUGGGAAACCAGUGAAGGUUGCAGAAAGUGACGUUGAUGUGAAAUUGAGUCGAUUGUGUGAGCAGGACAAGACGUUGAAGGACCUUGAGAGCAGAAUCAGCACCCUAAAGGAUGACAAGGACCAGUUGGAGCGCGUGCUGGACAUUUCCCGCCAGCAGAUGGAGCAGUACCAGGAGCAGCCCGGCCACGCCCACAAGAUCGCCUACCAGCAGCGCCUGCUGCAGGAAGACCUGGUCACCAUCAGGGCCAGCAUCUCCCGCCUCUCCACGGAGAUGUCUGGGGCCUGGCAGGAGUACGUGAGUCUGGAGAGUUCGGUGGAGCAGCUGAGGAAGGCCAUGCAGGCGCACAUGAACCACAGCUCCACCCCCCAGCAGGAGAAGACGGAGCUGAAGCGUGAACUGUGGAGGAUCGAGGAUGUGAUGGCCGGACUGAGCAGCAGUAAGACCAACUACAGGAUCACCAUCCAGUCGGUCCAGAACCCAGAGAGGAAGCUGGUGCCCUCCCUGUCUGAAGGAGUGUUGACCCAGCCUCCCUCCUGCUACUCCCCCCCGGGCCUUCUCUCUCUCCCCCACGGCGCUGCAGAGCACUGGUGCGGCCCCCCCCAGGUGGAGGACGGCGCCCCCCCCCGGCCCCCCCUGCCUAGCCUCUACGACUACGAGGACACCCCCCCCGCGGUGCCCCCCCUCCCCAGGGAGGCGGCGGCGGUGGUCCGCCACACCUCGGUCCGCGGGCUGAAGAGGCAGUCGGACGAGAGGAAGCGGGACCGGGAGAGCGGGCAGUACCCCCUCAACGGGGACUGUAAGGUUGAACUGCGGUCGUAUUUGAGUGAACCAGAUCUCCCAGUGAUGGACCACAGCAGCGCUGGGUCGGACCCGGACACCCCCUCCUUCUCCGACAAGGGUCUGUUUUCCUCUGGGCUGAACCAGUCCACCUCCAUCUCCUCUUACGUCACUCUGAGGAGAGGACCUGGAGGAAGCCAGGCAGCCAGGGAGAGGCCCCAGAGUGCCUUGGACCAGAUGUAUGCAGUGUCACACGGCGCCCCCGCCCCCCCCUGCCAAACCCGGGGCCGCAUGAGCGCUGAGGAGCAGCUGGAGCGCAUGAAGCGCCACCAGAGGGCGCUGGUCCGCGACCGCCAGAGGAACCUCAGCCAGGGGGAGCGGCCGUGCUCCUCCGGCAGCCCCCCCCAGCGCUGCUCUUCCAGGACGCCCUGGAACCAGGGCCAAGAGCCAUCCCCUUCCACUCCUCCAUGGGAGCCCAUGCAUCAGUCAGGGGGUCCGCCCUGUGAACCGGGCCCCCGGCGCCGCCUGGAUACCGCUCCCCUCCAGGGGUUCGACCCCCGAGAGGAGCGGCCAGGGGCCGAGGGCCAGAGCGACGAGGGCCCGGGGACGGAGAGAGGCAGCGGCCAAUCGGAGGGCUGGAUGUAUCCUUCCUGCGUCGCGAGAGAGAUGGACCUGGAGCCUGUGGACUACGACCUGGACCUCAGUCGAGAGCUCUCCAGACCCCCUAAGGUCCCCAUCCCAGAACGCUACGUGGAGUCGGACCCGGACGAACCCCAGAGUCGAGAGGAGCUGGAGAAGCGCUCCCAACGGGCCCAGCGCAUCAGGACCCUGCUGGCCAAGUCCAGUGUCCACAGCCUGCAACCGGCCCUCGGCCCCUCGCUGGACUUCACCCCGCUGGACUUCAGCGAGCUGGACUCGGUGCUGCAGCAGCAGGAGAGGAUCAUGAGCGUCUCCCAAGCUCUGGCCUCUGAGGCCUCACGCAAGAGCAAGCUGGUUGCAGAGGGACGGACGGACAGACUGCUGGUAGGUACACCUUCCUGGGAUUCUUGGUGUUUUGGUUUUAUGUCCGGGCUGUUUGGGUUUCUUCAGGGAAUGGGCACAGACCCAGAGCAUGAGAGAUGUGAACUUGUGGUGUGUAAUGUGAUCACGAUGUGUACCUAUCGAAAACUAAACGUCCCCUGGGCUCCUCCGCCGUCAGUGGGAGGAGCUCAUCAGAUUUUUUGCUGGAGGCAGGAAUCAUAAUCAUGUACUGGUGGUGAUGUAAUCCAUUCGACAAAAUAGUUUCACUCUGUUUGCUUUGGCUUGGUUUUACAAAAGGUGUUUUCCACUUUUCUCUUGGUUCAGAAGACUUUUUAAGACUUUUAAUAAAGAGUUUAAGAAAGAGAAGAAGGGAAGAUCAAUGACUGGACAUCCCUUAGAUCGCUGCUCUGGGAUUGUACUGCUGGGUCCUCUGUUGCUCUGAGAGAGAUGGAUGGCUGCUUUAAGGAGGAGCUCCAAUAGUCUCCAUAGAAUAAACACAUUCAUAGCUGUGUUUACUAAAUAACAAACAAGUUUCAGCAAAUUACACAAUUACACUUAUCAUCGUUAACAUUAACACAUAAAUUGAGUAAUAAAUCAUUGUACAAAAUAUUUUCAUUGAGUCUUUAUGAUCUUAGAUUUUUCUGUUGUGUUUUUCUAUUCUUUAUUUGGAUUCUCCUCAUUGCGUAGCUCUGGUCAUGAUCACCUCCUCCACCUUUAUAUUUGGAUUCUCCUCAUGGCGUAGCUCUGGUCAUGAUCACCCCCUCCACCUUUAUAUUUACAUGUUUCCAGUGGGUCUCCCUUUGACUUGAUGUUGACAUGUUCUUGUCUUUCAGCGAGAGCAACGGCAGACAACUGAAGGCUGAUUAUGUCAGGAGUGGUCAGCCUCAGGGGCCGUGCACGUGGGAGGCCCGUGCACGUGGGAGUGCAAAUGACGGAUGAACUAAUCAUUAGUUAAUCAUGAUUACUGAUAUAACACAUUUAAAAUAUAGACCAAGAUGCUAAUUCCUCUUCCUCUGCUCUUCAGCCUUUAAAUAGUAGCUAUUUGUAUCUUUAAGUUUAAAAAGUUACCUUGUUCUUAUUUUGUACUCUUUUGCACUCAUGAUAAUAGUGCCUUAUGCUAUGAGUGAAAAGUUUUACGCCAAAUCAAUGUUUCACAAUCUAGACUUUUAUAACUCAAUAACAAACUGAAAUAGUGGUUAUUUUUCUGAUCAAAUGAUUAAUGUAUUGGAUCAAUAUUCUUAUGUCAAUGUUGAGGUGUGUUGUGAUCACUGCCAAGCCAAAUGUCACUGAGCUUUACUUAAGGCUUUGCUCUAACGCAGACACACGUUAAAAAGGAAAGCCAAAGGUUUAUAAAAGGAAGGGUUGUUUCAUUAAAAAUGUGGUUUUAUUCUAAGAUCAUUUUGUACAUUUUGUCGAUGUCGGUUGUCUGCAGUAAUGAAUGGUUGUCUUGGCUCAUGCUGUUAUCAAGGCUUUACAUCUAGAAAACGUUCAAUACCUUGUUAUGAAUAAGUUAUUUCCUCAGGACACAUUAUUCAUUGAUUCAUUCUACAAUAUUGGAUACAUACAGUGUUAGAUACUCAUGGUCUGUUCUAACUUAUUGAUUCUUAUCCAUCCUCUCUAAGAAGAGCUCAAGCCUUCUCCAUGUACUGAUUUUAGAUUGUUUAAUGCCUGCUUUCCGAACCCAGGGUAUUGUGAUCAUUUGUUUUAAAGACUUAUUCAGACAAGCAGCAGAUGAUAGGACUGCUCUGGAAAAUGACAUCCUGGUGGGAUCAAUUCAAUUCUUUGCUGAUUGUAUUGAAUUUGAACCUCAUCUAAAAGACCUGAUUAGAUAUUGUCAUGACGCAGGUGUGCGACCAAAUGGGAACAUGCACAUAAGGCUUGGAUAGCCGCAGUAUGUGCAGUAACUCACAGCCACUAGCCAGAACCUCUUCCCCCAAAACACUGCUUACUAAAGUCAAAAAUACUGCUUGAGUGACAGCAUCUCACCACGACUGGUGUCUUUAGACAGAGCCCACUUCGCUGUGGCUGUAUUCUCAGUUAUCAGCCCACACAAACACAGGAAGGGCCUUAAUGGCCCCCCCCACCCAGGGCUCUGGUGGGUUCCGUUGAGCCAGCAGACCUGAUGCAGGAGCACCUGGAGAACAGUCUGAAGUGAACAACGCUGAACACACCUUAUCUGAUAACAGCAGAUUGCUGCUACCGCCGUUUAUUGACCUCUCUCCAGUUUCUAGACAUAUUCAAGUGUAUCUAAUGCUUAGUGCCCAUUACACAUGAUGCCACCCAUACAAAAAAAACAUUGAAAUAAUCUAAAAGUUGGCAGUUCAAUUCUGACACGGUGACACACUGAGCAGUGGAGAAGAGUGUCCGACGUUAACGACAGGUUGACGUUUCCUCAGAACCGGCUGCUUUACAGGCUGAAGGCUUUGAAACGAGUAACCCGUCAAAUAAGAUACUACUCAAUAAGAAAACAACAAUACACCAAUGUUCAGAAGCCUCCUGGGCCAGGGAGCCCGGUCCUAUGUGGACUUGACAAAGGCCAUUUUGUAGCUCCGACUCUUCUUGUCAUCCUCAUCCUCGUCGUCCUCGUCCUUGUCGUCCUCGUCUUCGUCGUCCUCGGACUGUGAUGGCUCUGAGGGGGGGCUCUCUGGCUCAGGGAGUGAGGCGGUCCCCGGGGGCCCUGCUGGCCCCUCUACGGCGCCCCCUGCGGGGGGCCCUGCUGGCCCCUCCACGGCGCCCCCUGCGGGGGACCCCGCUGGCCCCUCUACGUUGCCCCCUGCAGGGGUUCUGGGCUCGUCUGCUUUGGUCUGGUUCUCUGCCGCUUCGGACGGGAAAGACUCCGCCUGCCAGGUGACAGGGUGGGGGGGUGAGUGCAGGUGUUAGGGCCGCUAUGGGUCUACUUGUAGAUCAUAAUUCAUAUGCAACGCUAUCUGCAUAUGCCUUUAGAUCCCUCGUUAUUUAAGGGGAGGGGGGAAACAAAGGUGUUAUUUAGAACCCCGUUACAAUUCUAGCCUUACAUCAGCUGCAUCUGGGCAUUUCAAACUGCACUAAGAUUAUGCCAACCAACCCUGAUGAAAGGGGAAAACACUGGUUAUUGCCCUUCCACAGAAGCAAGGCAUUAGGAGUUUCACACCUUAUUUAUAUUUGCUAUUCGUGAACUGCACGGGUCUGCUCAAGUCAACAACUGAAAUGUUUUGCCAUCACACGCAACUUUUUAAAACUUUUUAAAGCUCUGAAAGCAGAGUAUGUGAACUGCCCAUGUACAGCGAUGGGAGGAUGAACUGAAUGUCAGGGUGAACCGGGGGUCAGGAGGUUAGACCCAGCCUCUUCACCUCACUGAAGCCCCGCCCAUAUUCCUCACCUAGCUGAAGCCCCGCCCACAGAGUCCUCACCUGGCUGAAGCCCCGCCCACAGAGUCCUCACCUGGCUGAAGCCCCGCCCACAGAGUCCUCACCGUGCUGAAGCCCACCGAGGCCUCACCUGGCUGAAGCCCCGCCCCCAGAGGCCUCACCUGGAUGAAGCCCCGCCCACAGAGGCCUCACCUCGCUGAAGCCCCGCCCACAGAGGCCUCACCUCGCUGAAGCCCAGCCCACAGAGGCCAAACCUCGCUGAAGCCCCGCCCACAGAGGCCUCACCUCGCUGAAGCCCAGCCCACAGAGGCCUCACCUUGUUGAAGCCCCGCCCACAGAGGCCUCACCUCGCUGAAGCCCAGCCCACAGUGCCUGCGGUUGCGUCCAGACAGCUUCCCGUCCAUCCCCUGGUGGUACUGCUCCUCCAGCUCCCCUCGGAUCUUCUGGUCCUCCGUCCCUGAGAGAGGACACCGGUCAGAGGGUCAUUAGAACAAAACCACUACAUAUAGAAACCAUUGAGUAGCCCAGCCCCCCUGGAGUACAGAUGAGUCUUGAGGGUCUCACCGCUGCGGAAGUGGGACGUGGACUUGUGGUCCCCGAUGACCAGGCGUCCGGUGGGCUCCUUCUGUUGGACAGACAGACGGCUCAGCGUUAAGAAAGACGGACAGACAGACAGAUGGCUCAGUGUUAGGACGGACAGACGCUCAGCGUUGGGACAGACGGCUCAGUGUAAGGACAGACAGAUGGCUCUCUCUCUCUCUCUAUAUAUAUAUUUUUUUAUAUAAAUAAAUGUAGGAUUACGCUUGUUAUUUAGAAGGGUCACUGUGGUCAGUCUUUCAUGUGUCCAUUGUCAUUUUUUGUUGUCAUUUGUGUUUGCUAGAUAAGCACACUGACCAUAAGCAGCUGCUGUUGGUUCCCAGUGGCCAGGGCCGUCCUGGAGACGGUGUGUAAACCCCAGCUGGCACCCUUUGCUCAGCCCUUUCUAAUUGUUAAGCGUUCGCAUA